AUGUCAGGGCUUUUGGAUCAUGUUACACCCGUCCGCGGGCGAUAUGCCACCCCAGAAGAAUUAGUACUGUUUCACACGAAGGAAUAUUUGGCGCGCAUUGAGACGAUGAGCAAUUCCGAUUUCGGCGGGGAAGGGGGCGAGUGCUGUCCUGUUGGCAGGGGAUCGUUUGAAGUCGCUAGAUACGCAG